AGCAAUAGUCACAAAGCCAUUCCCCAUGGUAAUUCCUGGCAGUCUGAGGAGGACGUUUGGUAAAUGGUUGUUCUUGUGCCGAGUGGAAACCAAAAGUCAAAGCUGACGGUGAAACACAAUUUAGGAGAUAUACCUCUUGACUUAAUUGAGACUAAACGUCAGUUAGAGACAGUAUUUGUAGUUGUCUGGGUCAUAUUCCUGUUAACCUUUGUGCGCAGAUGUUGAACAUAAAACAUUUAAUAUGAAAAUCAGUUGAAAAAUGAAUUGAUCUUUUACAGUUUUUUUUUUUCAGAGGUCCUGCAUGUACAUGGAAUCCAGUGCAUUAUUGAAUAAUGAACUUCUACCUUUUUAAAUUUGGGGCCUGAGGUCUCCCCGUGCCUUCAAAACAUUCACUGGCGUGUAUUGCUGUGAGAGAUACACCUACACACAGAAGCUAAUGACCAAAUGUGGUACCAAUGCAUUAUUUUAUGCUGAACUUCUACGGCAUCAGACCAGUGUCCGAUAGCGUAAGUACACUUUAGAAAAAGAACGGUUGGCGCUACAUUGAUUUUCUGUCUGAUUACUGGCUCAGAUGUCGAAGGUUAAAUGUACACCAACAGCUGUGUGCAAUCUGCAGUCUGCAGUUCAAAGGGCCGUUUGGAUUCCUGCAAUAAUUACUUCCUGUGCCGAAUUUACAAGGCGUCGCACUGACACUGGCUCGGAGAGGUGGCUUUUGAAGCCAAAUAAGAACCUUAUUUGAGCAUUUUUUUAACUUUUUGUAAGCCAACAUCUGUUAGGAUUAGCAUGAUGUUUAGCUGAGGCUGAAUGGAAAUGCUUUUGUGUAUUCAAACAAUGAAGAUUAUUUGACCUGGUGAUGGUUCGGGAUUAAAAGUUAAAUCAAAAGUACGUUUUGGUGGGUUCAUCUACGUCACGGGUUCCUUUCGGCGUGAAUGAAUGGAGUUGCAGGAGCCAUCCUGAGGGAGACGAAGCAAACGUCAGUGGUCAUGUCAGCGGAGGCGGACAGUCCGGCGGACAAUGGCGCCUUUGGCAGGAUGCUGGUCUCCUGAGUGUCCUGCCUGUACUUGGUGGUGAGGCGUUUUCAAAGCAAAAUGACCCAUUGUCCCUCUCGUCCUGCUUCUGAGCCUGAGCAGUGAAACGAUGCCUCCGGCCCGAGACCUACUGUGAAGCAUAGAAUGAGCUCCUGCUUCAUCGGCGUGGACAGUUUUUGAUAAGUCGGAGUAGAUUGAGGGCAUGAAGAUGGCAGUGGUGUGCAACGGAUCGGGCUGUGCAGGAGGAGAUGUGUAGAGAGGCCAGAGGACACCUUCACCAUGGGACAUGCACGUACAACUUUUCAAGACUCUAGUUGACAAGCUUCUUAGAGCAACAUGAGCUGGAGCUUCCUCACUCGUCUCCUGGAAGAGAUCCACAACCACUCCACCUUUGUGGGCAAAGUGUGGCUGACCGUGCUCAUCAUCUUCCGCAUCGUGCUCACGGCCGUCGGGGGCGAGUCCAUCUACUCGGACGAGCAGACCAAGUUCACCUGCAACACCAAGCAGCCGGGCUGCGACAACGUGUGCUACGACGCCUUCGCCCCCCUCUCGCACGUGCGCUUCUGGGUCUUCCAGAUCAUCAUGAUCUCCACUCCCUCCAUCAUGUACAUGGGCUACGCCAUCCACAAGAUAGCCCGCACCACCGAGGAGGAUCGCAGGAAGCGCCAGAGGCUCCGCAGGAAGCCCGCGCCCCACCCCGGGUGGGUGGAGAGCCGCCACCCGGGAGACGCCGCGGAGGAGGGCGGAGGAGACGGCGACGACGACGCCGAGCCCAUGAUCUACGAGGAGCCGCUGGGCGCGCAGGAGGCCAAGCCCGAACCGCCGAAGCACGACGGCCGCCGGAGGAUAAUGCAAGAAGGCCUGAUGAGGAUCUACGUUCUGCAGCUCAUGUCCAGGGCUGUUUUCGAAAUCGCUUUCCUCGCCGGACAGUACCUGCUCUACGGCUUUCGGGUCAGCCCCUCGUACGUUUGCAACAGGGUGCCCUGUCCGCACCGGGUGGACUGCUUCAUCUCCAGGCCCACGGAGAAAACAAUCUUCCUCCUCAUCAUGUACGUGGUGAGCUGCCUGUGCCUGGUGCUCAACGUGUGCGAGAUGCUCCACAUCGGAAUCGGCACCUUCCGGGACGCCCUGCGCACCAAGAGGAGCCGGGGCGCCGGGGGGGGGGCGUCCUACGGCUACCCGUUUCCUCGCAACAUCCCGGCCUCCCCCCCGGGUUACAACCUGGUGAUGAAGACGGACAGACCCGGCCGGAUCCCCAACAGCCUCGUCGCCCACGAGCAGAACGUGGCCAACGGGGCCCAGGAGCAGCAGCAGUGCGCCAGCCCCGACGAGAACAUCCCCUCGGACUUGGCGAGCCUGCACCGGCACCUGCGCGUGGCCCAGGAGCAGCUCGACAUGGCCUUCCAGACGUAUCAGACCAAGGCCAACCAGCCCGCGUCGAGGACCAGCAGUCCCGUGUCUGGGGGCACGGUGGCGGAGCAAAAUCGAGUCAACGCGGUGCAGGAGAAGCAGGGGGCGAGGCCCAAAUCGGCCGCAGAGAAGGCGGCGACCAUUGUGAAAAACGGAAAGACAUCCGUCUGGAUCUAGAGAUGAAUCUGAUUUAGUUCAUUAACAGCUACAACCUUUAAGGACUCCAGGACUCGCGCAGUUGGAAGAUGAGUGUGUGUGUGUUUGUGUUUGUGUUUGUGUGCGCGCGUGUGUGUGUGUGGGAGAGAUGCGACUUACAAUCACCCUCUGAAGGGGAACAGUACACAGUUUGGGGGAAUUUGAAAAGGAAACACACAUGUGGAACUGAUCAAAUCCAGCAUCACAAAUCUUCUCUGUUACUGUAGUGUGUCAUUUUUGUGCUUCCCAUAGCUUCGGGACAUGGGUAACAUGUGCUUACUUAGUUAUACAUCUCUAAUUCCCGCUAAAAUUUCAAAGUAUAAACAGACCGAGCUAUUUAUCUGAUCUACCCUUGACCGCCACUGAACUGGAUUCAUAUAACUUUGUAAGUGUGAUCGUGCCCUCGAUCCAAAUAUGAAGGAAAAAAAACGCAGUGAGAAACACUGUACAAAUGCACUAUGACUCACUUGUGAAGAAUGAGGGUUAUUGUUGGAAAAGAUGCUUGUUUAACACGUAUUUGUGGAUGUAGCACGGAGCCGGUUCUCUGGGAGCAGAUGUUUUGAUGAGGAUAAUGAAACUCUUCUGGUUGAUAUCAGCUCCGUGUGGCGAUCGUCAGGCAUCGCGUGCAAAGCCUUUAUCUGUUCUGUGUUUUCCGUUUUCAAACAGAGGAGGUAAUUGAACAGAAUUUAUUUUUCUUCAAAGCCAGGCGCCGGUAAAUAUUUUUGACAAAUGGAAACAGAUGAUGCAUGCUUUAGAACUUGAAACAAAAAGUAUACACAUCCAGUAGAAACCCAUCCAUAGCUAUUCGAUUAGCUCUAUAUUUAUCUUAUGCUUAGAUGUGUUAGGUCUUGAAGAUGAUCAUUUGAGUUUGUAUGUUUUUAUAUAAUAUAUUAUAUAUAUAAUAUUUAAUCCUGCCUUCACCGUUGUCAUACUUCAAAGUGCCUAAAACUUUUAAAGACUGUUCUCGUGUGUCAUUCAUGAAGAAAUAAAGUCAUUUAAAACCUCUAAGUUCUUAAUAGUACACUAAUGGUAGGCGGAGUCUUUGAAACAGCAAAGUGGACCGUUUUUAUUAUUGGUCUAAUUAAAAGUCAGUUGCUAUUGAGUUUAAUUUUGGGAACAAGUAUGUUGUUUUAGCAACAAAUUCAUGUUCUGUAAAAAUAAAUCAAAUUAAAAGCAA